AUGGGUGGACUACUGUUGGCAGACGACUAUGAGUUUCACAAGCCCGGGAAUACUGACAUGAACAUUGCCAGUAUCGCCUGGGGAUUCUCUUUGGGGGUGUCCAUCUUCAGUGGGACCAAGGCUAUGCGACAAACCAUCCAGUCUUGGAAAAGAGGGACAAGGACGAAUGUCUACCUUGCCUUGCUGUGGAUGGAGUGGGCGAGUAGUGUCAUUAUGAGUGCUAUCACCUGGUGCUACCUUCGUCAAUACAUACCACCUGGUUUUCCUGUCUUCUUUGUCAUUGUCCUCCUUUGGGCUUUUCAGAUUCAAACACUUCUCCAGAUUAUCAUCAACCGAAUCUCCAUUUUGAUGGUGAACCGUCGAAACGCGUGGAAACUAAAGAUCACAACCUUCCUUGUCCUUCUCGUCAUCAAUAUCAGUGUUUUCUGUAUCUGGAUUCCAGCCCGUCUCCAAAUCAGUAAAGAACUCAUCAAUGUCAAUGCUAUCUGGGAUAGAGUGGAGAAGGGCAUCUUUCUCAUCGUUGAUGCAGGAUUAAACUUUUAUUUCAUUCAUCUUGUCCGGUCACGACUUGUUGCCAAUGGUUUGACGAAGUAUACUCGUCUCUACCGUGUGAACCUGGUCAUGAUUGGAAUCUCGAUGACGAUGGAUGUUCUACUCAUAGCGAUGAUGUCCCUUCCCAAUGAUAUUGUCUAUCUCCAAUUUCAUCCGCUAGCAUACCUUGUCAAACUCCACAUCGAGAUGAAUAUGGCCGAGCUCAUCACCAAGGUCGUCAAAGCAAGCAACCCUAAUGGCUACGACUACUCUGGCUCACGAUCCGGUGGAAAGAGUGGUGCGAAGACGGCAACUAAUAAGAGAGCUACUUCUGUCUUUCCCGCUGGUAAUCAGACUUACAUCGAAGCUGGUGAUAACAUUGAAUUGCCACAGCGGACAGAAGACGGCAUCAAAGUGUCUAGGACGUUUCAGACUACACAGAUUGAGGUUGCCAAGCCAAACCGUGAUCGUACGGAUUAUGAUGAUUUACAGAGCGAAUCAAGCUCCACACGAAACUUGAAGGACGAACAUUUCGUUGUUUAG